AUGGGCUGCCUCUUUGGGCGCGCCGUGCUGCAGGCGUUGUGCGGGCCACGCAUUCCAGGCCUGCUGGUGCGCCCCAGUUACGGAGGGCCUUCCUGGCCCCAGGAGCGUACCCUGGUUGCGGUGAAGCCAGGUGGGGUGCAGCGGAGGCUCGUGGGGACUGUGAUACACAGCUUUGAGAGGCGGGGCUUCAAGCUGGUGGGGAUGAAGAUGUUGCAGGCACCAGAAAGCAUCCUUGCUGAGCACUACCAGGACCUGCAGAGGAAGCCAUUCUACCCAGCCCUUAUCAGCUACAUGAGCUCUGGGCCCGUGGUGGCCAUGGUCUGGGAAGGGCACAAUGUGGUCCACAUCUCAAGGACCAUGAUAGAACAUACUGACUCAACCGAGGCAGCCCCAGGGACGAUCAGGGGAGAUUUCAGUGUUCAUAUCAGCAGGAAUGUCAUCCAUGCUAGCAAUUCUGUGGAGGGUGCCCAGAGGGAGAUCCAGCUGUGGUUUCAGAGCAGUGAACUGUUGAACUGGGCAGACGGCGGUCACCACAGCAGCUGCAGCCCAGCCUGAGGGUUUGAACUGCCCACUGUUCUUCAGGGUUCAUCCAUGACCAACUACCUCUGCCAACAAGAACCCAAGCCCAUACCCUUCCCAUCUUCCAAACCACACCCUGUCCACCUUUUGUCCAACUCCAUCCCAGUGGAGUCCAAGCCUCAACUUUAUGUGCCUUGUAUCCUA